AUGAAGAUUUAUUUUUUGUUUGUACUCGAAGUUGCCAUAUCACAGGUUAUAGACAAGCCAACUCACGUGAGGGUGUCUCUAUAUGAACCCGAGGGGUUGUUUGUUCAGUGGAGAGUUGUAGGAAAUCACCAAGGACAUCCAAUUGUUGGAUAUAAGAUAAGAGUAUGGAAAAUCGAGGAAGACCUUCAUGGUACCUAUACAUUAUUAAAUGGGGAACAACUUGCUAUAAUUUCCGAUGAAAGAUCUGUUGAGCCUUAUAAUAUUGAAGUUCCGAAACAUCCACCACGAGAAUAUACCACUCCUAACAUCGAUAUAAAAAAUGACUUAAGCAUCAAAAUAACUGAUGGAAUAAAUUACAAUACACUAUAUGAAGUACGUGUUCUUGCAUACAGGAAGGAUCUCGAUGGACCAAUGUCGCAGCCCAUUAGAGUGAAAAUAGUAAAGGAAGAUGGUUAUACAGUGCUAGCUCAGAAGACAUCUCCAAAUACCUGUACAAUCUCAAGUAUUAGUGAAACGACACCUGAAUAUGGUGUACAGUAUUAUUCCAUUGAAACUGUUAAUUUGUAA